AUGUCGCAAACAGAAUGGCGAGCGUACUUGAAGCAGGAGAGGCCGGGGGUGAAGCGUGAUCAUCCGAAUUGGAAAAACAACCAAAUAGUGAAGCACAUUGGGCGUGAUUGGCAGAAGUUUAAGAAAAGUGAUGGCUUUCAAAAUUGGGCGAACACACAAAACAACCCUCCUCGGCCACAGCAAAAUGCUCCACCUGCAGGAAAUGCUGCGCUCCAGCCAGUGCCUCCACUACAGCUCAACGUUGCGCCUCCUCACAAUCCUACGCCUCAGCAAGGCCCUCCGACGCAGGCCGGCCCUUCGACCCAUCCAGCUCAGCAGCCGAAUCUCCCCGCCACACCAACUGUACAACAAAGCAUUCCGUUCGUUCCAGACUCAGACGAUGAAGAAUCCCCUGGGUUACCUGCCUUCAUAUACUCCGAACUGUUAAGGCAAGAUCUCGACGUGGAAGAGUUGGAUCACACUGGCCGGCUUGACGCCGAAGAUGCUGCUCGUUUAGAUUGGAUAGAUGUAACCCCUACCAGGAGAUUGGCAUGGGCGGGUGGUGACGGAGAUAGCCACAUAAGGGUUGCGGCUCAAAAGCAACAAGAACGUGCCACAAGAGCAGCCGCAGCUGUCCUUAGGGAGCUCGGACAGCAGCAAGCUCGCGCAUGGAAAGAUAAUGACGCCGCUUAUACGGGAGCACAACGGGUCGCAAACGUAUUCGCCGACUACAGUGCUCGGCUCGCUCGCGCAGAGAGGGCGAACGAGGCAGCAGGUCUUGGUAAGCACGAAGGCAUCAGUCGAGAGCAUGCCAACAUUAUGACUCGCAUUGCUGGUGUUGGUAGAUCGCUCCCAGGAGCGUGGGUGGCAGCCGAUCUUGUGCGCAGCGAAGACGCGGAAGACAGGUACCUCGCUCGAGUCUUCGCAAAGUUGGACGAGAACGGUGACGUGGUGGGUCGAACCGUCGUCAAAAUCGUCCACGAAAACCUGCAAGCGGGCGUGACGCCCCCGGAGGUAGCCAUCCAUGAGCUUGUUUCCAAUGCAGCUUCAGAAGCACGCUGCGGAUACGUGUUGGGAUUUCGCAGAUUCGCUUUCCUCACUAACUUGAGUGGCUACUGGAUGCAGUUGCCUUUCAGCCCUCACGGCGAUCUUGGAAAGGUCUUAGAUGAUACACUCUCCGAUCUUCCCGAACCAUUUUUAUGGUAUGUUUUCAAAGCGAUGACUGAAGCUUGCCUGAUCCUCUAUCAAGGCGGUCUCAACGAGCGCAGUGGCGGUGAGUGGGCGGGUGCCAAAGAGAUUGUGCAUGCCGACAUAAAACUGGCGAAUGUCUUCCUCGCCGCACCGCGACCAGAAGAUUUCGAGGUGUACCCGACGCCGCAAAUGGCCGAUUUUGGUAGCGCCUUCAUUACUGAGAAGGGAGAUCCAAACAAUCCUAAUGAUUAUGUGGGUAUUGGUACGCCCCUCUGCUGUGCACCAGAGCAACUAGCGGAUCGAGACUUGACCAUGCCCCCUGCCUACGCCAAUGAGCCCAUUGACGAUCCCGAUUGGAACCGAGCACUCAAGUGGCCUGACCCGAAUAUCGACAUCCAGCCACCUGAGAACCGGCAACUUCUAUCAUACACGAACGUAUGGCAGGUCGGCCUGCUGAUCUGGUCUCUCAUGCACCGCCAGUUUGGGACUGGAGUGGCAUUGGACUUCAUCGCGAGAGACAAGCAGCAGCCGCCCAAGUCCACCCUGCGCUACAGCGGAAGCUACAGCGAUCAGCUAGAAUCGUUGGUAUACGAGUGCCUAAACAUGCAGCCCCGGCUCCGACCCAGCCUUCAAGAGCUGCGGACCCGGAUUGAGAGAAACCUGGACGCCCUCCGUCUGCGGUAUAACGACUGGGAUUCUAAACCACAAGCCGGGACGCCUUGGAACGAACAGGACUUCGACAACAAGCUCCACUUCAGGGGCGACGUCUACUUCCCCGUUGGACAAUCACCUCAAUUACCCGAAGAAGUAGGAGAAGAAGACGGAUGA